AUUUAAAUCACAUGACCUGUCGUUAUGACGUGUUUGUAGCUCAUCCGGGUCAAAAGGCGUCAGCAUGGACACGGGGGAUGUUCUUGCAUCUCUGGGGAUAGAGGGAGCCACCGCGGCUGCGCAUGCGCUCUCUCUUCCAGCAGAAGCGUAUGGAAAUGAUGCUCAGUUGGAAGUAAUGUGGGCUAUGAAAGCCUACAAUCACGCAGAAGUUUACUUUAAUCUUAUUUCCUCAGUUGAUCCUAAAUUUCUAAAACUAACAAAAUCAGACGAGCAGAUAUACACUAAAUUCCGGGAAGCAUUUCCUGACCUCAGUAUUCAAGUUUUGGACCCGGAGCUGCUGAAGUCAGCAGACGCCAAAGAGAAAUGGAGGCCCUUUUGUAACCAGUUUGAAGGUGUUGUAGAGGACUUCAACUAUGGUACAUUAUUACGUCUAGACUGUCAGAAGGACUACACGGAGCAGAACACGAUAUUUGCUACCAGAAUCCAGUUUUAUGCCAUUGAGAUUGCCAGAAACAGAGAAGGCUACAAUGACGUCGUCCACAAAGCCAAUUCAAAAACCAAACAACUUAAAAAAGAUGAGAGUUAAUCACAACAGUGUAAAAUUUUAAGUGUCCUUCUUGGUGUAGUAGAGAUCUUACACAUGAAGCUCAAAAGUGGAGAAAUACGUAAUAAAUGUCCUAUGUAAAUGUAUGUAAAAUUGUUUUGAUUUGCCUGUAAUGUCUGGCACCUUUUUUUUUGUAAUAAAUAACUACAUUUCCCACUGAAAAA